AUGGUGUCCCGUUUGCAACCCAACUUCGUUUUCUUGAUGGAAACGAAGACGAAUGCGACUCAGAUUGAGAAAUUGAGGGUGAGUUGGGGUUUUGAAGGGAAGUUGAGUGUAGAUAGUGAUGGUAGGAGCGGAGGCUUGGCGUUGCUAUGGCGAAUUCCCGGGACGGCGAAUCUGUUAAGCUACUCUGCAAAUCAUGUUGACUUUGAGAUUAUUCUGCCAGGGAUUCCUAUGUGGCGUCUAACUGGAUUUUACGGGAAUCCGGACCAAGCUCAACGUCUGGAAACCUGGGACUUACUGAGACAGUUGCGAGAUCGGUCAAAUCUCCCGUGGGUGAUUCUUGGGGACUUCAACGACAUCACGUGUCAAGCAGAAAAGCGCGGUGUGAGGGGGCAACCGGAACGACUGAUCGAUGGCUUUACCGAAGCCUUGCAUGACUGCUCCCUAGUAGACUUGGGUAUGCUGGGAUCCCGGUUUACUUGGGAACGCGGUCGCGGCACAGACAGGUGGGUCGAAGAGAGGCUCGACCGCGUAGUGGCUACUAUGGAGUGGCUGGACCUUUAUGAGGGAGCUGAGGUUCAUAAUAUUAUCACACUGGAAUCGGACCAUAAUGCUCUUAUGUUACAAUUGGAGCCGAGGCCGCUGCAACAUAACGCUAAAACUUUCCGUUUCGAGUCGGCUUGGGUACUGGAGGAAGGAUGUGGCAGAGUGGUUGACACGGCUUGGCGACAAACUGUGGGUCUUGAUUUCCAGGAGCGUAUAGCUAUAUGUGCGCAGCAAUUGGGGCGGUGGGGAGGUGAGUAUAAGCGAAGAUUCGGACGGCGUAUUUCGAGUUUACGCAGAACUUUAGACCGUUUCCGCGAUGAUAGAGGUCAGGAUACUGUGCGACAGUACUUGGAAGCCGAAGAGGAGCUAAAAUCUUUAUUAUGUCAAGAAGAAAUUUUCUGGCGACAGCGUUCUAAGAAAAUGUGGCUUAAGCAUGGUGACUCCAACACCAAAUACUUCCACAAAAUGGCCUCAUCCAGGAAGCGACGUAACACCCUGGAACGAUUGAAAGACCAACACGGAUCUUGGCAGGAUUGA